GGGGAACGUUGCUGACAUCUAUUUCUCAACAAUCCACUUUAUCCCAGGCAGCUGUGGGGAAUCUUGGGAUUCGUGACAGAAGAAAUUGUAUUUUCUUUGAAAUGCAAAUUGUUUCUGAUGAGAGGAAGUAAGCAAUCACGGACGUCCUUCACAGUCUGUUGGUUUUGUUAAUGGUAGGAUGGGUCUGCCUUCGUCCGAUAAAUACAGCUCAGUUCUAUUCACGUUGGAAUUAGUGUCUUUGGUUCAGGCAGUAUGUACUGCAGGAACUUGUGAAACAGUAUUUAAAGGCUUCUCUGACUGUUUGCUUGGCCUUGGAGAAAACAUGGUGAACUAUUCCCAAGAGCUGGACGACAGAGAGAACCUACAGACCAUCUGCUCAUAUUGGGAGGACUUCCACUCGUGUGCCUCCACAGCAAUUGCAGAUUGUCAAGAAGGAGCGACAGAGAUUUGGGAAAAUCUGAAGCUGCAGUCGUGGAGUUUAAACUAUCAGGGAAGUUUGUUUGAAUUAUGCUCUGGGUAUAAUGGAGUGUCCAGGGUUGUAUUUCCAAUGGAUAAGAUACUGCUGAUGUAUUUUACCACACUGGUAGCACAGCUUACUUUUGAGUAAUGAACCUGAAGAUCUGAGCAGAGACCCUUUUCUCAAUGGAUAAUAUACGGACCGGCACCUCUUUAACGAAAUCAUUUGGUGUUUAUGUGCACAUAACAGACAAUUAAAGCAUAAUAUGUUGAGAUAGAUACUGUAUGUUUGUAUAACACUAUUUUUUUAAGCGUUGUAGGUUCAGUUUUUUUCCACAGCAUUACAAUCUGUCUUAGACAAGAGAGACACAGCAUCCAAUGCACAUGGCAUAUUGCCUUAUUUGAUUGAAGGAAACAUAUAAAUGGCAUUAGAAAUGCAGUUGCUCUCUAUCACAGUCCCUAAAUCAAGACUUGACCUGGUUAGAAUUUCGUGCUGUGCUGAGCAUCCUAAACAUUCCCUGAAGAGAUUGUGCUCUCAUUAGGCACAUCUGUCUUUCUGUUACUUAGCCUGUAAAUAAAAACAAUACUAAUGUAGUCUUUUUCUGAAUUUAAAAGAUCCGAGUAGAAACAUUUGUGUUUAUUUCAGUUUUUUCAUUUAUGAUGAAUUAAAGGGGACAGAGAAUGAAAAAACAUUUUUACCAUGUCUUUGUUGAAUAAUGGUAGUCUACCCACAUUCACAAACAUACAAAAAGUGCUAAACAUGCUAAACAUCUCAGUCUCAUAGAAAUUCCUCUUUUAGAAAUGUCAGCCAGAAAACAGCCCAAUCUGAAAAACUGAUGCUUAUGACAUCACAGGCAUCUAACUGCCCUUCCACUUUAAAAUAAUUGGCUACAUUUUUUGAGUGGCAGCAAAGUCAGCCAAUCAGUAAUGAGAUUGCAAGUUAAGCCAGUAGGGGGAGCCAAAUAGGUGCAAAACCACUUGUUUAAAAUCCCCCACCCUAAUAGAGCUAUUUGAGAGAGGUUUUUAGGAAGCUUCUAAGGCAUUACAGACCCAAACAAAAAAAUGUUUGUCUACAUGUCACAUCACAGAACAAGGAUAAAUACUCCGUUCAAUCAUUCUAUGUCACCUUUAAAUUAUUUAGUUCAAUUACUUUAUCAGUUUAUCAUUCACUUUUAUUCUUUUUAUAUUGUAUUCAUUUCAUUCUAUUUAGUUAUUUUAUUCUACAUUACUUUUCUUAAUGUUGUUUAAUCUUAUUGGCGCUGUUUUGUCUUUUAAUGCUGAGCUGAUAUUUUUUAAUCUUUGUUAAUGUUAUCUACUGCAUUUACUAAUGGUAAUAUAUAACCUUAUUAUAAAGUAUAACAUUAAUUUCGUAUUACAUUAUCCCACCGGUCACAAUUGUGACCGAACUUAAAACUCAUUUUUCACAACAAAAAAACUUAUGAAACAUAAUUUGAACACUUUCAUGGACAAUUUUGGGAUUAAAUGGUUUAUAUAAACUGAUUCAGUUAUUGAAUAUCACUAACAUUUAAAACAUGCAAAUAAAUUGUCUCCAUUCUGUACAUAGAAGCCUCAGGCCAGAAACUAUAUAGCUCUCAAAAAGUGACUCAUAAAUGUUCAAUAAUUCAGUGACACCAGCAUCCCAAACAAAAUAAACCACUCAGCAGUGCACAUAUAGUAUACUGCACAACUCCUCUGUGGUUGUCUUUCUUUACCGAAAGAGUCCAUUUCUGAGUAAUGAUACAAAAGAUUUCCAUUCAUCUUCAAAUAGUCAAGACAGAAAGCACUAUUGAGUUGUCUGUACUGCAUGUGCAGGCAAGUUUAGUGUUAUGGCAGCACUAACUUGUGUGCCAGAUCAGUUAGUUUGGUCUAGUUUAGAGAUGUUUGGUCAGGUUUCAUAGUCCCUCCCAACACUUAUAGUAAAUUCUGUGUCAUCUUUUUUCAUGUUUAAUACUCUUCCAAAGAAGCCUUUGGACUACAUUUAGUCUAUUUCAGACACAAACCUGUCAAACAAGUCUGCAACAAUUGCAACCCCAUGAAUCAUUCAGGUGAUGUGAUACUGUACAUCUGUAGUGUUUCAUUGGUGAGUAGUCAUGUCUCUCUAAUUCUGUACAUCUUAAAUACAUCAUGAAAAUGUCUUCAAAUGCACAAGACUUCAGUGACUGGUAUGUCUUUUAAAAUGACUGAUUUGCAAAGUUUGAUGUACUAUCAUGUUCCCCUCCAAUUCAGUUGUGAGGGCUACAGCAGUAAAGAGGUUAGGCUCUUUCUGGUUUUUAAUAAUGCAGUAGGUUCUGUGAGUAAAUGGGGCAGGCAGAUACUAUGUGGACCCUGUGGACAUGAAAGGAGGAGAUGAUAAAUAAUACACAUAGGUGACGUGCUUGAAGGGAGAGUUAC